AUGAGUCAAGAAAGAGAUGUGAAGCCGCCAGUUCCCAGCAAACCCAGUCUAACCACAGCUUCAUGUGGCGUUCCUCCAGCAGACGAGGAUUACAGAGACAUCCGGUCACCUCCGAUUCCCCCCCGUCCAGCUUCAUCAGAACCGGUCAGGGGUGACCCGGAUCAGCACCUGUAUGAGGACAUCUCAGUGCUGCUGGACCAGUGGAAAACCGAUGGAGGAGCUGAUUGUGCAGGGAAGGGGAAGCGCUUCUCAUCCUCCGGUUUGAUGGAGUCAGACACAGGUCUGCGUGUCAAAAGUGGGCUUUUGCCAGGUUGGGAUCAUGUGUUUGAUGAGGAGCAGCAGGAGGAGCAUGAUCAGUGCAGACGGUUCGCUCAGACGGUUCAGCGGGUCCGGUCAGGGGUUCAGCUCUACCAGCAGGUUCUGUUUCUCCGCGGCACCGGCAUGAUGAACUUCAUCACUCAGCUCAACUGCAUCGCCGACGAACUGGACAAGACGGUGAAGAAGACGCGCAUCGCGGGCAUCACGGGCGGCACCACGGGGGCCAUCGGAACGGCGGUUAUACUAGCGGGCAUCGCUCUGGCGCCCGUGACCCUCGGAGCCUCGCUGGCCGUGGCGGGGAUCGGCGUCGGUGUGGCGGCGGCUGGAGGCGUCACCGGAGCGUCAGCCGCCAUCAGCAAGAAAGUCAGAAAGACUCAGGACCGGAGGAAGGUGGAGAAGAUCCUCCGGAACUAUCAGAGCCAGAUGGAGGACGUGGAGGAAUGCCUGAAGUUCAUCAUCAGCGGCAUGGAGCACCUGAGGAGGCCGGAGCUCGCGUCGCUCGCGGUCGACGCUGGCGCAAGAGACGCGCUGAAGCUGGCGGAGCGGCUCGGAAACUCUGACGUCAUCGACGCGCUGAGCGAAAACACUCGCGUCGUGCAGGCGUUCGCCGCGGAUCUGGACUCGUUCUUCACUAAAGAAGACGCGCAGAGGCUGAAGAGAGGCUCGGAGAGCGUGUUCGCCGCUAAGAUCCGAGAGGUGGCUCUGAAACUCAAAGAGAACAUCGACCAGCUCAUACGCAUCAAAAACAUGCUCUGCUGGGGGUCUCAGUGCUGAAGAGCCCA